AUGACACGAUUUGUUCUCGGCAUCACGAUGCAGUCACUGUGUGCUUUCCUCUUCUUCCCCCUCCUCGCCGUCGCCCAAUACCAUGAGCAGCUAGUACUUCGCCCACUACCCCUAUCCGCACUACUCGCCAGUUUCAACUUUCGCGCCAACACGACCCUCACAGACUUUGAAGCGCACAACUACCGACUCUUCCCGCGGUCCGUUGCUCAGAUUUUACAACAUGCCGGCACGCGUGAGCUGCAUUUGAGGUUCGGGCUUGGACGGUGGGAUGCUGAGAGCUGGGGCGCCCGGCCCUGGGAUGGAACUCGGGAGGGCGGCACUGGUGUCGAGCUGUGGGCAUGGCUUGACGCGAACACAGAAGAGGAGGCCGAUCGCAAAUGGUUGAUGUUGACAAACGCCUUGUCUGGCCUCUUUUGCGCCUCUCUCAACUUUAUCGAUGGCACACGAACUACCCGACCCGUCAUGUCUUUUCAGCCCGAGGGUGACCACCCCAACGUCACGGCUGCCAACAUGCAUCUCCUUUAUGGCACUCUUCCCCGCGAAGUUGUUUGCACGGAGAACCUUACCCCCUUUUUGAAGCUGCUGCCGUGCAAGGGCAAGGCUGGCAUCGCUUCCCUGCUGGACGGUCACAAGCUCUUUGACGCCUCCUGGCAGAGCAUGGCGAUUGACGUCAGGCCCGUCUGUAGCGAGGAUGGCGGUUGCGUUUUGGAGAUUGAGCAGACCAUUGACAUGGUCCUGGACCUGGAUCGGGCGAAGCGACCCCGUGACAACCCCAUUCCUCGCCCUCCCCCGAGCGAGGAGCUCAAAUGCGACACCACCAAGGAUUACCACGACGAGCAUACCUGCUUCCCCGCAGACUACACCGCCCAUCAGGAUUGGACAUUAUCAAAGGUGUUUGGGCGGUCGAUGCAGGGUGCAUGCCCCUUGGCCAACAGCGAUGUGCCCCCAGUAUGCAUGCAGAUCCCCGAAAGCCGCAGCGUGUACACUUCGGAAGGUGUCCACGAGAUCAAGAACCCCGACGGUCGAUCGCGCUGCUUCAAGGUCGAUGACGGCGCUCUCGUCGACCUUGUACUCGUCGAGCCGAGUCAGGAGUCUGCCGCCCAUCCGGAUUCGCCGGGUGCCGAGUACGAAUCCCGGGGCUUGCUGAAGCCUGAGGUUCCAGCUCUGUACGCCGAGCGCAGCUUGACAGGCCAUGGUGCCGAACGUGGUGGCGUGCAGACUAUUUUUACCAACCCGAGCCCGGACAAGCAGAUUGAGUUUGUUUACAUGGAGAGCCUACCUUGGUUCAUGCGCAUCUACCUACACACUCUGACUGCCCGAGUCGCAGCUUCGGAGAUUGAUUCAAGGGGUUCAACCAUCUCGGCUGGCCGGUCCCAAGCCGAAGGGGACGACAGGGUGAUACAGGAGAUUUACUAUCGGCCGGCCCUUGAUCGCGCACGUGGGUCGCAGGUCGAGGUCCGCAUGCGCGUCCCUCCAGCCUCGACAGUCUUUCUCACAUACGACUUUGAGAAGUCAAUUUUGAGGUACACAGAAUAUCCGCCCGACGCCAACAGGGGUUUCGACGUGGCAUCGGCUGUCAUAACCAUCCUAAACGGCAAUCAAUCCUCUUCCUCGGCCUCGAGGAACGCCAACCUCAGGACCGCGUCGCUUCUUCUCAGCUUACCAACACCCGACUUUAGCAUGCCGUACAACGUCAUUAUAUUCUCAUCCACUGCCAUCGCAUUGGGAUUCGGCGGCUUGUUCAAUCUCCUGGUGCGGAGAUUCGUCGGGGCAGACGAGGGUCCCCGGGCAAGGGGUUUAGGAAUGUUGAUGCAAAAGAUCAAAAGCAAGUUUGGGACUAGAAGAAUUGCGAGCAAGGAUGACGCCCCCGCUCUGGUUAUUGUUGGCGAUCAGGGUAGUUAA